CUCGCGUUUGAACUGUCGGUCACGCCGCAAACCUAAGACAGUAGCGCCGCCGAUACAGCCAGUCGCAUGGCGGUGCUUCGUUGUCCAGCGAAACUAGCACCGUCCCCACUCGCCGCUCCCCCUGGCACCGAACACAAACGGACUGCCCUCGCGAAGGUUUUAAUUUUUGCCCAUGAAAUCGAGAGGGGGCUUUCGUUCGUGACGGAUGUGUCCGUGGCAGACGGGAGCCCUCUUCCCCCCAACACCCGCUUCGUGAAGACGUGGUGCAUGCGCAACGACGGCCCGGUCACGUUCCCCGCAGGCUGCAAGAUCGUGCCCGUGGGGGGCGAUCUCAUGGCCGGGCCGGAGGACGGUGUGGCCAUCGAACAGCGCGGCCCCGGCGAGGAAUUCCAUGUGAGUAACGUCACAAGUGCCACAGGACCGAUCACCGGUCGCCGAUGGCCAAUCGGGGACCGCCCUCGGGAGAGUUUGAAGUCCAUGAGAAGGAAUAGAACAGGGAGGGGGAGGGGGCACGCAGACCUUAACGUGUUUUCCUAACCCAACUUCCCCAGUUGCAUGCUUUGUCGCGUUUAGUUGGUCGAAAAGCCUCGCGAAGGCUAUCGCCAAGGGGGGGCAUCGUAUCGUGUUUGUGUGUCCUCUUGUGUGUAUGCCCUUUUUUAUUUGCCGCUCGAGAGACUCUGAUUGGUGCGAUUGUUGUCGCUGUCGGCGUUAAUUUCUAGAAGGUGUACAUAUCGUCGUAGAAAAGGCAACCUGGUCAAGAUAAUACCACAGUCGAAGAGGAUGCCGUAGUUCAGAGUCUUUGCAGUGAGUGGGAAAAGAACCGAGGCAUGUUUUGUUGUAAGACAUAUUUGGCUUUGCCAACGCGAGGGAUUGUUUUUUGGUGCACACUCGAGCAUGUAGUGGGCGUCGGUUGGCGUCUAGGCGAACUACUGUAGCAUCAGGCAAAAGAUGAUGCGUUUCCGUCGGUGAUCGGGUGUGGGCAGCGCGUGAGCGUACGGUGACGGUUCGUCUUGUGCUUCCCCCCUUGAUCACAUGGGCAGGGGUCGGCCAUGCAAAGGACUUGGUUCACGUUCUUCUUUUAUUUUAUUUUCUCGCAGACCACGAGAAGGGUAGACAACACACGUCCCCUCGGUGCCCGCCCCAUGAUUAUUUCCGCGACGUAUCAACUCCUGUGCAGGAAACUCACGUUCCCGCUCGUGUGUGCUCUCACUGUCUUCUUGGCUAGGGAUGGAGAGAGGUCGGUGGCCGUCGCAGGGUUUGUCGUUGAUGUAAACAUGUUGGAUGAAUGUACUUCGCAUGCAAUUGGGGAUGGUUGGGUCAGGGUUCAGGGUGUUUUGGUCUGCGUUCCCACUUGCUGUAUGUUUUUUUUUUUCCUCGUAAAGUUUGUUUCUCGCGAAGGCGGUACAAGAGAGAUGUAUGUGUAGCGACAGAAGCGAGAGAGAGGACAUACGCGCCCGCUGUAUCAACCUUAACCGGUGUAAGUGGAAAGGGAAAUGGAUAUGUGGAUGUGUAGCGACAGGGCGACAGAAAGCGAGACACCGAAAACAUUCGCUCGCUAUCAACACAAACGGUGUUGACUAGUAA